AUGAUGAUCGAAGGCAAGUUCCACUAUGUCUAUGAUCCCCAGCAGUACGUGGGCAAAACGCAGGACGAGAUGUUGAAAGCGCAGGAGGCCAUCAAGGAUGCCCUGGCCGAAUCCGUGGGCUUCGGCCUCGUUGCCGCGGAGAUUGAGGUCCGCUGGGAGUCCACGGCCGCGCUGGCCCAGGUGAGCAACGCGACGCCGACGACCCUUGACAUGCUCUGCAUCUUCACCUUCCCGUGCCCCAUCGGCGCUACGCCAGAAGAGGUGACGGCGUCCAUGAGAACGAUCACCACCCGAAGCUUCCUGUCCAUCCUUGCGCCCAAACUCGCGGGCUUGGGGCAUGAGCCCUUUGCCUUUACCGCCACCUCCUUCAUCGGAGCUGCCGUCGUUACCAAUACCACCACGGCCAGCCCGAGCCCCAAAUCCUCCACCACCAGCUUCAUCCCCGUCGCCAGCACUCAGCCAGCGACCACGACCACAGAGGCACCCAAAAAGGACUUCCAUCCUUGUAAGUCUCUGGAGGAUUACAUGCCCGAGGCAAAGAUGAGUGAAUACGGCUGGUGCAACCUGGAGGGGAGCACGACCCCUUCGGAAUCCGAAUGCGUUGCUGCAAAUUGCAGUGCACAUGGCUACCCCGAUCAUCCUCAUUGCCACUGUGCGACGGAAGAAGGGUGUGCUUUGAUUGGCGGCACCUGGAAGUAUCACCUUUGCAAGGAAGAGAUGCAAAUGUACCAGCAUGGCGAGAUUUACGCUCUAUGGGAGGAGGCCACCGAGUUGGGUACCUGCGACGGUGUGAUGACCAGCUGGCACUCGACUCUCCCGGAGUCCAUUGACUGGCCAGCCCGGAAGUGCUGCGCUUCCUGGCCUCAGACGUUCUGCGAGCCCGGAGGCACGCUCGCGACUCCUUGCAAGGACGCGAGCGACUUCCUCGCCGACCACAUGACAGACCAGGGUGUAACCUGCAUGGACUGGCUGCAGCAGUGGUGGUCCGAGUAUUGGGCGCUGAAGAACGCAUCGGCCGCAGGUAGCUGCAGCGGCAUGGCCCUGCCGUGGGGCGAGUCGCUGGAGGACUGGGUGACGCACCCUGCAAAGCAAUGCUGUGCCUCCUUCCCUGCGACGAUCUGCGACAAAGAUGCCAAGUUCAUGACGCCGUGCAAAGUCGCCGCUGACUUUACGCCAGAGCAGGAGUUGUACAGCCACUGCGAGUUCAAGUCGAUGCCGGACAACGUGACCUGCGAAGCCGCCGGCUGCACCUACUAUCAGGAGCACCACUACUGCAGUUGCUCCGGGGAGGUCUGUUCUGCAGCCGGAGGGGUCUGGAAGAUCCACACGUGCUCGAUGGAACAGUCACACUGGCCCCUCAAGAUGCAUCGAGCCCUUCAGGAGGCCUCUGAGGAGGGCAGCUGCGCGGAUCUCGAAUACGACGGAGACCUUCAAGGGGAGACGCAGUGGACUUCACAGAAAUGCUGUGCCUCCUUCCCGGCCUCCGUCUGCAACCCAGCGGCCAAGAGGAUGACGCCUUGCGAGAGCGAGGCCGACUUCAUCCCGACGAACGUUUUGCACGAGUGGUGUGAAGUGAAUCCGGUUCCCGAUGCCAGCACCUGCGGGAGCCACGGGUGUCACGGGGACGGCAGCUACUGCCAUUGUUCCAGCCAUAGCAGUUGCUCAUCCAUUGGUGGGUCAUGGAAGACGAGCACCUGCGGCGAGGACCUUGGCCAUAAAGAUGUUGCAUGGCACCAGGCUGUGGCGCAGGCCUCCGACGAGGGCACCUGCGCGGAGUCCAGAGUGCAUGACAGCACCGUGGAGGAUGCGAUCUCCUGGAGCAGUCGGAAGUGCUGCGCUUCUUACCCGGCCAACGCUUGUUACAAGGGCUUGAAGAAGAUGACGCCAUGCAAGGACGAGGCGGACUUCUUGCCAGGCCACUUCCUCCAUGAGUGGUGCGAGUUUCACGGGACGGUCCCGGAAACAUGUGGCACGACUCCUGGCUGCCAUGCCGGAGAGGGCUGGUGCCACUGCGACAACUACGAAGCCUGCACUGCGGCCGGGGGAGCCUGGAAGCAGCGGAGCUGUGAUGCGGAAAUUCAAGAAUGGGACUCCAAGAAGCACCUCGCGGUGCAGAGUGCUGCUACGGGCAUCUGCGAGGAUGUUGAUUGGCACGGACAGCCGAUGUCGGUUGCGCUGCAGCACGAGUCCUCGAAGUGCUGUGCCUCCUACCCGGCCUCUGUUUGCGACCCUACCGCCAAGAAGAUGACGCCUUGUAAGGACGAAGCCGACUUCAUGCCGUCGAACGUCGUGCACGAGUAUUGUGACCUGCAUGGCUCUUCGGUGGACUCGGACACCUGCACGGCCCACGGCUGCCGCAGCCACAAUGGCCAUUGUCACUGCGACUCGCAGCCAAGCUGCGAGGGGGUGGGUGGCACAUGGAAGGUGUCUACCUGCGACAUGGAGAUCGGUCACUGGGAACCUGCGAAGCACAAGGCCUUGCAAGAGGCUGACGAGAGCGGUACCUGUGGGGUAAAUGCCAUGUACGGCGAUCUCGCCAACGUGAUCGACUACACCGCCACGAAGUGCUGCGCCUCCUUCCCUGCCACGCUCUGCGACAAGACCGCCCGCCACAUGACUCCCUGCAAGGAUGAGGGCGACUACACCCCAGAGAAGGAGAUGUAUGCCUGGUGCGACUUCUACAGCGAUGGGGCGGUUAUGCCCGAGGAGACGGUCUGCAACGCUCAAGAAGGCUGCUAUGGAGGACAGGGCUGGUGCCAUUGCGAGGACCGCGCCAGCUGUGAAGCUGUGGGUGCCUUCUGGAACGCGCACACCUGCGCGAAGGAGGUGUCCCAAUGGAGUCCGGAGCAGCACAAGAUGUUGCAGAAGGCGGACGAGCACGGCACAUGCCUCGACCUUGAGGUCCGUGGUAUGCGUGCUCAGGACUUCGUGAACUGGCCGGCCCAACAGUGCUGCAAGUCCUUCCCGACAAGCAUCUGCGACAAGGAUGUCCAGGCCAUGACGCCUUGCCUGCGCAGCCAGGACUUCGACCACAACAAGACGAUGUGGGCUUGGUGUGAGGGGCUCUACCCGCCACCUGCCGAGGCAGACUGCCAUGCGCAGGGCUGCACGGGCAACGAGCACCACUGCCACUGCGAAACCGCUGCUGCCUGCACUGCCCUAGGCGGCAAGUACAUCGAGUACCAGUGCUGGCAGGACCUGCAGUGGAUGGCAGCUGAGGUUCACAAGGGCAUCGCCACAGCCAUCAGCCAGGGCACUUGUGAGGAUGUUGAGGCGAAUCAUAACAAGCUCGAGUUUGCCGUCGACUGGCUAG